AUGAGGCUCCAAACUUUGUUCUCCUUUCUAGGAGCAGCAGUCGCCUGCUUUGACUUGGCGACUGCUGCUCCAAUGGACACCAACGAAAAAACUUGGAACAAAAGGAGCACGACAUAUACUCAACACUGCACUCCAGACAAUCUGAACGGUAUCAAUGCUGCAGUCGUCGAGGCAAAAGCGAUGCUCAACGUUGUGAUUCUUCGAACCACUGAUUUCUAUAACUGGUUAGAAAACCUAAAUAACGGAGCUAAUCUCGAUAUCCGCAACGAGGUAGCUUUACUUCGGUCCACUGCCAGGACCUUCGAGUCUAUCUUUGGUUUUGUGUGGUUUAGUGCAGGUGAUGCCAGGAACGCUCCUGGCCUUGCUCGAGUUAAGUUUAUACUAGAUUUUGCUACCAAAUUCUCAAACGGCUUGGACACUUUUUGGAACAAUGGACAGUUUGAAGUCUACUGCAGUGAUGAUUGGCUUAAGACGGUGGCACCCGAUGGAAGCGUCAGCACCACGCCUUUUGUCUACUGGGAUGGUCGAACAACCUCCACUAACCAGAUGAUCAAAGAUUACAGGUCAUCGGGGGGAGGAGUGACCUUGUCGGACAAGGCCAACACACAGUAUGCAUCGGGCCAGGUAAAUUUGGACGAGUUCCAAGGAAGUACCUACACUUCCGCUUUGCUCCAUGAGCUUAGCCAUGCUCGAAUGAUUAUCGGCGAAAAUGAAGAAUACUUGGAUGACAAGGCCUGCACUGUACCUGGAAAGACAGGAUCAGCAUAUGGCUGGGACUGCAUUUCUCAUCUCGCACAAAGCAAUGCAGACGAGGCUAUCAAGAACGCUGAUUCAUGGACCUAUUAUGUUACCGCCCUCGCCUUUCAAAAAAACGACUGGUCCACCGGUGUCUCCAAUAUACUUUGA